AAACGAACCACCUCGGGUCCAGAUGAGUUACCACAUUGGUUUUGGAACACCUAUGCAUAUGAUAUCGCGCCUGUGAUAACCAUCAUUUUUAACAGCUCAUUCAAACUGGGCAUUGUUCCUGACAGUUGGAAACUAGCAAAUCUUUUACCUGUCCCCAAAGAAUCUCCUCUGACAGAAUCAAACCAAUUACGACCCAUUUCGUUGACUAAUAUAAUUGUUCGCCUUUUUGAAAGAGCAAUCUAUACAACUGAAUUAGUCCGGGUGAUGGAAAAUGCCAUCCAUAAAGAUCAGUUUGCAUAUAAAAGAGGUUAUAGCUCUACAAUGGCCCUAAUAAAAGCGCAACAUACCUGGAUGGAAUGGUUGGAUGGUAAUGCUAGUAUGGUACGCGUCUUCUCUUUUGAUUUCAGCAAAGCUUUUGUACACGGUACCGCACGAGAUUUUAUGCAAUAAGCUGAAGAAGCUUCCUAUUAGUCCCUAUAUUACCAAUUGGAUCAUCAAUUUCCUAACCAAUAGGUAUCAACGAGUCGUUGUUGAUGGCGUUAAAACAGAAUAUUUGCCUAUAAAUCGUGGAGUUCCUCAAGGAACAGUAUUAGGUCCAGUACUGUUUUCUAUAAUGAUUAAUGAUAUCCGUCCUGUUCAAGCCUCAAACUUAAUUGUUAAAUUUGCAGAUGACAUAAAUCUAGGGAUUAAGGUCACAGAUGAUAGUGACGCCUCUUAUAUGGAAACAAACAAUAUUAUCAACUGGGCGGAAACAAAUCGCAUGAAACUUAACUAUAAAAAGACGUGGGAGAUGGUCAUUCGCGGCAAGAUAACCCGGCCACUUCCUGCGCCUCUGCCUAUGAUUGUUCGUAAAAGUUGGUUGAAGAUACUUGGUGUAACGUUUCAAGAGAAUCCUUCCAUGUGGGACAUGCAUCUAGAUGAAUUAAUGAGUAAAGCCUGUAGCAGAAUGUACAUUAUUCGGAUUUGCAAAUACUACGGGUUUUCUAGGAAAGAGCUGGAUCUUCUGUUCCAUAGUCUUAUUUUAUCAAUAUUAGUUUUUGGUAUAGAGGUCUGGGGAUGUGCGUCGUAUUCUAAGUAUCUUAGUCAAGUAGAUAAAGUUUUAAAACGUGCAUAUAAGUAUGGAUAUCUUAUGUAUCAGGUAUCGAUUGUUGAUAUAUUAAACAAUAAAGACAGAGAUUUAUGGGAGAAUAUAACUACGGAUCCCAACCAUGCCCUGCAAGUUUUGCUGCCUCCUAGUCGUCAAUUAGAAUUACGCAAUCGCAGACAUGAGUAUGAACUACCGAGAGUUCGAACAGAAAGGUUUAAAAGAGUGUUCGUUAAUAGAUGUCUUUUUAACUUCAUAUGA